GCCGCAGUGCGUGAGUUGUUGUGGUUGCAGCGUGGCAGAUUGACGCAUAUAGACGGGCCUACAGAGGCUGGGCUGGGCCCGUCCGAGCGGCGAGGGCUCUGUGGCCGUGGGGGGCAGCGCAGAGGCGGCCGCGGGCGACAUACACGCGUAUCUGCUACAGGUCGCUGGCAGCGGAGACGGGGAGAGGCUCGAGGAGACGCGUCCAGACGGGCGUGGAGUACCUUGUCACUGUGAGGUGACGUGACAUAAUCCCGUUCCUGCGCCGAUCGCACAGACGCGCUGCGUGCGUUCAUAAGUCCUCGUUCUCCGCCUCAGCCACUCACUUCGCCAUAUAACACCCUGCAUCCCCGUCGCAUCUCUUUCUCCAUCCUUCGACACGCCAUGGCCCCUCCACACACUUUUGAAUCAAAGUCCUCCGUAACCGCAAGGCGCAGGCUGUCCAGCGUCGCCACUGCUAGGCGUCCCAAUGUCCCCGGAUAUACCAGUCUGCAGCCCAUGUGGGCCGGUAUCGCAGGAGUCGUGAUCAAUAACAACACGCAGUACGAAGUUGCAAUGUCCAUCCACGACUCUGUUUACUGCACGGACUUCGCGUCAUCUGUGGUGCCGUACGAUGCAACUGACCCCGAGAAGCAGGCUACGGCCAUCGAGCAGCACUUCCUGGGAGCAGGCGUCACUUUGAGUCUCCUGCGUGAGGCGCCCAACUUGUGCACCCGCUUGUGGCUGGACCUGGACAUUGUCCCUAUCGUCUUCAACAUCAAACCCUACCACACCGACUCUAUUACUCGCCCGAACAUCAAGCACCGCAUCUCCUCCACCACGGGAUCUUACGUUCCCUCAGGGGCGGACACGCCGACGGUCUAUUACGACCCCAACCAGCUGCAGGAUAACUCCAAGCUCACGACCAAUGCGCAGACCAAGCUGCCCAUCACGCGCACUGUCGACGAGCAGGCCGACUCCGCUGCACGGAAAUGUAUCAUGUACUUCGGGCCCAACAACAACCCGCGCCUGAGCAUCGGACCGCGCAACCAGGUCGCGUACCGCAAGACGGUCGGCAAAGGGACGUGGAACGCGGUCAUAAAGCUCGCGGAUGAGCUCCGCGAGAAGAAGAUCAAGUUCGCGUUCUUCUCCUCUACCCCGCAAGGCGGAGGUAUGCGUCAUGCGCUCGUGCGGUUCUUCAGUGCAUUGGACGUCGAUGCUGCUUGGUAUGUGCCGAACCCGUCGCCGGCCGUAUUCCGGACGACGAAGAAUAACCACAACAUCCUGCAAGGCGUCGCGGACCCGAGCUUGCGCUUGACCGCUGAGCAGAAGGAGCAGUUCGACCAAUGGAUCCUCAAGAACGGCUUGCGUUGGACUGCCGAGGGCGGCCCGCUGGCUAAGGGUGGCGUCGACAUCGCGUUUGUUGAUGACCCCCAAAUGCCCGGCCUCAUCCCGCUGAUCAAGCGCCUGCGCCCGGACAUCCCCAUUAUCUACCGCUCGCACAUCGAGAUCCGGAGCGACCUCGUCAGCAUAGAGGGCUCGCCGCAGCAGGAGGUGUGGAACCACCCCGUGAAUAAGUUCGUGCCCAGUGAUGUUGCCCCGGAGAAGCUUGCGCUACUGGGCGCUGCCACCGACUGGCUGGAUGGCCUGAACAAGCCCCUUGAUCCCUGGGACUCACAGUACUACAUGGGCGAGUUCCGCUCGCUCUGCGUGAAGGACAAAAUGUACGAGCUCGCGUGGCCCAGGCGCGAGUACAUCGUCCAGAUCGCCCGCUUCGACCCGGCCAAGGGUAUCCCGGAUGUCAUCGACUCGUAUGCGCGCUUCCGCCGCAUGGCGAAGGGCAAGAUCCCCACGGAGGAGAUCCCACAGUUGCUGAUCUGUGGCCAUGGUGCGGUCGACGACCCGGACGCGAGCAUCAUCUACGACCAGUACCAUGAGUAUGUGUCGGACAUCGUGGUCAUGCGGUGCCCGCCGAGCGACCAGUUGCUGAACGCGCUCAUGGCCAACUCGCGCUUCGCCCUCCAGCUCUCGACGCGCGAGGGCUUCGAGGUGAAGGUCUCCGAGGCGCUGCACACGGGCAAGCCCGUCAUCGCGUCGCGCACGGGCGGCAUCCCGCUGCAGGUCAUCCACGGCAAGAGCGGCUUCGUCACCGAGCCGGGCGACAACGACGCCGUCGCGAAGCACAUGUUCGACCUCGUCACGGACGACGAGCUCUACGAGACGAUGGCGCUCUACGCGAAGACGCACGUCUCGGACGAGGUCGGCACGGUGGGCAACGCCGCGGCGUGGAUGUACCUCGCGGUCAUGUACUGCAGCCGCGGCGUGAGGCUGCAGCCGAAGGGCGCGUGGAUCAACGACUUGAUGCGCGAGGAGACGGGCGAGCCGUACUUGCCUGACGAGCCGAGGCUGCCCCGCGGGGACCUCCACGUCCAGGGUUGAACUUGACUGCCAGCCUGUCAACACGAAGUUUGGAGGUGAUAAAAGCAUUUCUUGGCAGGACUUUUGUUGUAAGAUUCGUAAUGCCUGACCAGGCAGUGCUUUGUAUACCAAAAGCUGUAGAAGUAGAACUGUCGUCGCUGUCCGCUGGAAGAAUCAAAGCUGUGCGCACUGUAUACCACUGC